AUGGCUUUUAAUUCUCCACACAAACGACUGCCGAGCAGAAUUUAUGCUCUCUCCGGUUACUCCAUAUCUGUGGAGAACGUCUUCAGAUCUCCACCCGAGAAUGCUUUCCCCCACGAUGAAACCAUCACGUACGACUGCUGUGUUGUCACGGCGAAUCCUUCGGCUGAAAAACGAAGUCCACGGAGAGAAGCCACUGCUCUGAAUCAUACCAGCCAGAAGACGGCGCCCAAGACUGCCAAAGCCCCACCAGUCUCCAAAGACAGCGGCGUUCAAACAGAUCCUAAUCUUGGAGAAAUGAGUGUCGCUAAAAUAGUCACAGGCGUUGAGUCUCAGACCAAUACUUUUCAGAGCACACCAACAAUCUUCAUACCUCCCAAAAUUGGCAAAGAUAUUUCAAUACAGAUAGAGCAGGGGGAGUUGUUUGACUUUGACAGGGAGGUACCACCGCUGGUGGAGAUAAUGGUGGAUAAGGUGAUAGAGCAGUCUGUGCUAGAGGUGAAGGAGGAAGACGAGCUGGCCCGUCUGGGUGCACAGCAGAAGGCCUUCCAAGAGCUCCGGAAUAGUGAGCUGGCAGAGGUGCAGCGACUUAAGGAGCAGGUGAGACGCCACAGAGAGGAAAGAGAACGCAGAAUUAUAGAGCAGAAGGAGGCACAGCUGAAAGAAAGAGAGACUGCAGAGAAAAUUGCUGCCCGGGCGUAUACUAAAGAGUGCUUGGCUGAUCUGUACCCUGCAGUCUUCACCUCAUUCUCAAGCAGAGGCUUCUUUGACGAUCCCGUGGUGAGAGAUAUUGAGACUCAUUUCCUGCCGUGGCUCAUGGCUGAGGUUUGCAGCAAUCUGGAGAAGAAGAACUCGACAAGAAAGGUGCUGGACACCAUUGUGCACAACCUCGUCCAGAUGAGACACAACAGGUACAAGGAGCAAAGUGUGUGCGACAUGUAG